AUGGACUUACAUAGUGUCAACAGAUUUCUAUACCAAUUCGUUGUAUAUUCUUCAUUUAACUUUGGAAUUUUACCCGUGCAUUCCGGAAUCAUUUUGCUUCUAUUUUCGGUCACCUCUGAAUUCUACGGAACAGUGUCGCCUAACUGGGGUGGGUCAGAUGAUGCUUUUCUUUUUUCUGUGCUGCUAUUAUUGAGAUUACCUUCAAAAACGUCCAUCAACGAAUCUGAAUUCAAGUACGACUUCAUCCCCAAAACUGCUGAGCCAAAGGUACCUCAUCUUACGAAGGAAGCCGUCAAGCAUGCCAUUGCUCAAAACAAGGCUAAGCAGGUGGAAAAUAAUUGUUUACCAAAGAAAGCAAUCCAUACAUCAAGUUUGAAUCCAAUUUUGCGGACGUUUUCCACUGAGGUGAAUCCGCUGGUGCCGAACCUGACUUUUAGAAGACAAAACAAGCAAAUUGACACUUCUAUUGAGAAGUACAUUCGAUCAUCGUUCAAUCCAGUUAUUAAAGACGGUGGUCAAACAACAUCCCUACCUCUUGCCAACUGGAUGACCUCGCUAAAGCUGAAACGUUAUUGUAGAAAGCACCCUCGAUACCACGGCCUCUCAAAGACGGUGCAGCCAGCAGCCAAAUGA